AUGAGCAACUCGGCUUCGACGCGGGCCUCGCUGCUGAGCGAGUUGAUUUCGAAGCGGGCCGUGCUGGUCCGACGAAUUUACGAGCCGCUUACGCGUCUCGAGAAGGGCAGCCCCGAGUUCACCGAGCUGCUUCAGUCCGGCAAAGUCUGGGAAGACCAUUUCGACCCAGGAAACAGUAGCCGGUACGGCUACUACAAAUUGCAAGACGUCCACGAGAGGAGCCUGCAGGAGAUCGAUCAGUUGAAAAAAUCUAUGAGAUUGCCUGAUCGUUCCAUCAUCGAAAGCCUGAUCGCCGAGUACGCUCAUCAGUCCGUUAUGAUCGAAGACAAUAAGCUUGGGCUUGGAGAUAGCGCGCUCCUCAAUGACCACCUCACGGCCACCUUUUUCGAGAGCAAGGAUAUCGCCUCAAUGUCUGCCAGCGAACUGGCUGAGACGAAGCUCCCGGACCUCCAAUCCCUUUUGCCUGGCGCCGAGCCCAGCCAGGUCGCAGAGCUACGCAACCACAUCAUCGCUUCCCAUUGGGUUGCCCACAAGGCCUUACAAUCUGUUGGCACCAGUGGACUGAACGAGGAGGAAGUCAAAUGUCUCUCCUCUUUGAUCAUCAGAGGAACCAGCUCGGAGGGUCUUUACAGCAGGUGGGGAGGGUAUCGGCAAAACCCAGUCGGCGUCGCGAGCGAUCUUCUGAGAGUCUUCCCAUAUCAUCUGGAAGUCCCAGCGCUCAUGCAACGUUUCUUUGAGUGGAGAGACAACAAGAAAGACCUUCACCCACUCAUCUUGGCCUGUCAAGCCACGACCUAUUUCUUGUUCAUCCAUCCCUUCCCAGACGGGAAUGGCAGGGUUUCGCGACUGAUAAUGCAGGAUCUGCUGACCCGUCAAGGAUACGUUCCGGUAGUUCUGAAAGGAGUGGCACGGGAGGAUUACUUGAGAAUGAUUAUCAAGGCUCUAGAUGAAGACCCAGGCGAGUUUGUUGCCAAGGUAGUCGCAGCGCAGUUGCAGACGCUGCAGACUUUCAGCUAG